AUGGAUGAGGGGAAGCAUGAACAGGUCAGAACAGAAACUCUCAUUGACUCAGUCGUGCGGCAGUUGUCGGUGUAUGCAGUCGCCGCUAUGGGUUUAUUUCUCAUAGUAAAAGAACACUUUAUCGGUUCGCUCAUUGUCUGCCAACCAAUCAACAGGGGUGUUAAAGAGAACCUGUCCUACAGCCAAUCACAGGCAGAUUACGAUAAAGCUUAUUGCUUAAUGUCAAUGACAGAUACCCGGGAAAACCUGAUCGUCGCGUCAGGAGGUGAGCCUAACACAAUCCCUGGGGUCACCAUAAUGGGGAUAAAAUCUGAAGAAGGACGCGUCAUUUAUCAGAAUUAUCUUCCAUUUGCUUUGGUCAUUCAAGCUGCUCUUUCUUGCAUUCCAACGAUUUUAUGGAACACUUGGGCUUCCGAUAUUCUUCGUACCUGUAUAAGAUUCGUGGCUGACAGCUCUAGUAAGAUUUGCCCUGUUCGAGUUGAUUCAGGCCAUUCACCGGUCAAAAAAGACCAAAGUUUUGAAAUUCUUAAUGAGUAUCUAAGCGCUCAAGUUGAACGCUGGGAAGGAAGGAAAUUCCUCAUAAGAGUUUACACCACAAAGCUUAUGUUAAGUCUUGGUAUCUUCAUCUUUAUGGUGACCUUUUAUGUAGCAUAUCCUGUACUGAACUAUGUUGAAUUCCAAGGGUCUUUUGUUUGUCACGUGCACAAGCAAACCCUGGUCACGUGUGUAUUUCCUGAUGUAGACCUAUUCAAGUUAGCGUGGAUUGUGAAUAUCGUACUUGUCGACAUAUCUAUUGCGAUCGUAGUUCUCCAAUUGUUAAACGUUGCUUUCUGUCUGCAACGAAAGACAACGUUUUUCUCCUGUUUCAUGAGAGUCGAAGAAAGAAAAAUAUCACGAAUACCCAACGAUUCGCAUUUGAUCUCUCAUUUUUGUUAUGAAAACGCUGCUGUAAUGUGUCCAAGUUUGAUGAACAGGUCUUCCAGUCCCGGAAAGACAAUGCACACCCCGCUUAUUUCACUGGGAAGUUCCGAGGAGGAGUUACACUCUCCCAGCUCAAGUUCAUCACUUUCAUAUAGUACGGCACCACAGCUUUUCAGACGACAAACUGCCGACUGAGAAAGGGAUUUUCCAGUGACAAUAAAAACAAACUUUAAUUUGAGAGGUUAAUAAUAAUUAAUCACUAGUUUUGCGAUAGAUA